UUACACCAUUUGUGUAACCCCCUACAGCUAAACUCUCUACAAACAUGAGCCGGUGGUGCAUUACCAACUGCCGGUCACCGGCGCCGCCACUUAUUACCCUCGCCGUGCUUUCAACUUUCCUAUUCAUCAACCCAUCUAUAGCAUGGCGCCCAUGGCCCCACCAAAAAUACAACAUGACAGAACUUGAAUUCGGUCCGUCUAAAAAAUACGAGGGCUCAUCGGAGUUUGUCAAACUCCGAUACCAUAUGGGCCCUGUUCUUACUGCCAAUAUUACCGUACACAUUAUCUGGUACGGUAAUUGGCCCAGGGCCCAAAAACGCAUUAUCCGAGAAUUCAUCAACUCAAUAUCAGCAUCCACCACCCGGAAACCUUCUGUUUCUGGAUGGUGGAAAACAGUUCAGCUCUACACUGACCAGACCGGUUCAAACAUUUCACGAACCGUUCAGCUCGGUGAAGAGAAAAAUGACAGACUUUUAUCACACGGAAAGUCUCUCACUAGACUUUCCGUACAACAUGUGAUAAAAGCUGCAGUUACUGCAAAAACAAAACCAUUACCAAUUAGCCCGAAAAGCGGGCUAUAUUUAUUAUUAACAGCGGAAGACGUAUACGUUCAGGACUUUUGUCAGAACGUAUGCGGCUUCCACUAUUUUACAUUCCCAUCCAUCGUAGGGUACACUCUACCCUACGCGUGGGUCGGGAAUUCUGGAAAACUGUGUCCGGGUACAUGCGCGUACCCGUUCGCAGUCCCAAAUUUUAUCCCGGGUUUAAAACCCAUGAAAUCGCCAAACGGCAACGUGGGUAUAGAUGGGAUGAUUAGUGUCAUAGCCCAUGAAAUAGCUGAAUUAGCAUCAAACCCAUUGGUCAACGCAUGGUAUGCCGGUCAAGACCCGGUUUUUCCGGUGGAAAUAGCUGAUUUAUGUGAAGGGAUAUAUGGCACUGGGGGUGGUGGGUCAUAUACAGGACAAAUGAUGAACGAUAAAGAUGGUGCCACGUAUAACAUGAAUGGGAUCCGACGGAGGUACUUAGUACAAUGGGUUUGGAACCAUGUAGUAAAUUACUGUACUGGCCCAAAUGCUCUUGAUUGAUUCAAUUGAUGUUGAGUGCCACUCAAUGUAAUAUUAUUAUUUUUUUCAACCAUGGGCUGUUUUGUUUUUGUAAAA